AUGGGCUUACAGACCGUAUCUUUCGUUUCGUCUUUUCUUGCUAUUGACUUUUGGUGCUGCAGCAUCGCUGCUCAUACCUGCUAUUUUGCUCUGGAUAGAACAGUCUAUGAGCUUCGGUAUACAGGAUGCGGGAGCAGCUCUGAGGCUCCGGCUCCCGGAACAUCACGAUGCCCGACAUGCAAGCUGCAGUUGCCGCUGCCGCAGGACCACCGCCGCCUCUUUCUUUAUUAUCGGCUAACAAACUACUACCAAAGCUCGGUACAAUACGUCACCAGUAUUGAUCGCUCCCAGCUUCAAGGCGCUGCCCUGGGUGUCUCCGAUCUUGGUGACUGCAGCCCAAUAAUCAAGGAAGGUAGCGUUCCAUUUUAUCCUUGCGGACUGAUUUCGGACUCGCGCUUCAAUGACACAUUUGCUGCCGAUGGUCUCCCGACUGGGGUCUCUUUCACUCAAAGUGGUAUUGCCUGGCCAUCGGAUGUAGAUGCGCUCUACAGAGCCACGGCAUAUGGAGCAAAUGCUACCCUCCCACCGCCCUCCUGGGCUCAGGCUCAAGGUAAUUUAUGGCCGCCAUCGCCAGAUUGGAUCACUGGCGAUGAGCAUCUGAUGAAUUGGAUGCGUGUCUCUGCAUUUCCAACUUUUCUCAAGCUUUAUGGGAUCAUCAACGGACUUGGUGGGGAUAACAGUAACCCAUCCGAAUUGACGCUUCUCGUUUCAGACUGCUUCCCGAUUGGUAGCGCUUUUGGCGGUACAAAAUCGAUUUUCAUCUCGUCGCAGUCGUUUUUUAUCGGCGGAAAGAUUUUGGCAUUACCUAUAAUUUUUACCGCUUCUGGGACGGUUCUUCUUCUGACAGCCCUCAUUAUUCUGCUGCUUCAUAAAAAGCGAAAUCGCAUGGCGACCGAGUUCGAUGCAUACCCCGGGGCCGCCGCAGAAACGGAAAUGUUUCAAAUGCUCCAGCGCAUGCAAGAAGAGUCGAUGUAA